AUGGAUCUGUACCUCGGCUUCGUCAUUCUGGAGGGGCUCCUGGCCCUGGCCGUGGUGGCCACCAACCUGCUGGUGUGCGCCGCGCUCUGCCUGCACCGGGAGCUGCGGAGCGUCACCAACUGCCUGGUGGCCUGCCUGGCGCUGGCCGACCUGGGCGUGGGCGCCCUGGCCAUCCCCUUCUCCAUAGUGCUCAGCCUGGAGCUCACCCUCUGCUUCUACACCUGCCUCUUCCUGGCCUGCUUCCCGCUGGUCACCACCCAGUUCUCCAUCCUCCUGCUACUGCUCAUCGCACUCAACGCCCACCUGAAAAUCCGUCUGCCCAGCAGCUACGCCAUGUACGUGAGGAGGGGCCGGGUGCUGGGCGCCGUGGGCCUGUGCUGGCUGCUGUCGCUGCUGAUCGGCCUCUCCCCCAUGAUGGGUUGGAACCGGCAGGGGCGCUACAUGGAGCAGAACUGGAACCGGACCCUGGCUGUCAGCUACGCCGCCGAGCGAGCCGCCGUGGUCCUCAUCGCCCGCGACCAGCCCUACGGCGGCUUCCUCUCCAAGGUGUACCCGGGCACGCGCGGGGCGCCCCCCUACAGCCACCUGCACGACGAGCACCUGGGGCGCUGCUCCUUCACCUCCGUCUUCGCCCCCGAAUACCUGGUCUACUUCGUCUUCUUCGCCUGCACGCUGCUGCCCCUGGGCGCCCUGCUGGGCAUCUACGCCGACCUCUUCCGGCUGGUGCGCGGGCACUUCCUCGCCCAGCCGCUGCGGGCGGCCAAGCGAGGGGAGCUGCCGAUGGCUCGCACCCUCCUCCUCCUGCUCGGCAUCUUCUGCUUCUGCUGGAUCCCGCUGCACGUCAUCUACUGCGUCCGGCUCCUCUGCCCCAGGUGCCGGAGCUACGCGGCCCUGGACCGCCUGGCCGUGCUGCUGUCCCACCUCAACUCCCUGGCCAACCCGCUGGUCUACGCCAUGAGGAAGAAGGACUUCGGGCGGACGCUCAGGUCCGUCUGCCUCCGCUACGUCCCGUGCUGCUCCCGCGCCAAGGUUCAUCCCCAGGGCCAGAGCGGCCGAAGAUAAGGACCAAGGCCCAGCCCUGCUCCCUGGCGGCCCGAUCCCAGCAUAGCGCCCCGCUGAGCUCCCUGUCCUAUUUGUAAAGGGAAGGGGUGACGCCCCCCCGCCCCCAAUCUCUGAUGCCUGCCCCCUCAGCAACUCCCCAGCCACGGGCUGGGUUUUCUUCUCCUGUCUUUGUGUCCCUGGGGUUAUUGGCUGUUCAAUACAGGCCCCAUCCUGGAGGGUGGCUUGCGCUGAGCUCUGGCCAUGGG